GUAAACCGCCGCAAAAUGUCGCACGCCCCCCCCCGCCUCUGGCUGCCGGUCCGCGGCCCCCGGCAGUCUGUCGCGGCGGCGGAUGGCGCCGGCGGCGGGCGGGCGCGGGCUCCCGCGGGCAGGGCGGCAGCAGCGCGCGUAGGGCCCGCGGGCGGGCCGCAGCCCCGCGCCAUGCUGGCCGCCGCCUGGCUGGGCAGGGGGCUCUGGGGGCUGCUCCGCGGCGCGGCGCGGGGGCGGCCGGGUGAGCCCGGUAGGCCGCUGGCCAGCCGGCCCGGCGCGGGGGGUGCCGGCGGCCGGCGUCGCAACGGCAGCGGGUUGUGCCUGGCGGCGGGCGCGGAGGCGCCGGGGGGGGCGGGUGCCCCUCCCGCCCUGCGCCCCCCGCGCCGGCCGCUGCUGCGCGCUCCCGCCGCCGCCUGGCGCCUCCUGAGCGGCGGGGCCGCGCCGCCCGAGCCCCCCCAGCGGCGGGCAGCGGGGCGCUACGCCGAGCUGUACGAAAACCCUUGGACCGUCCCCAACAUGCUGUCAAUGGCCAGGAUGGGGCUGGCGCCGGUGCUGGGCUACCUGAUCGUUGAAGAAGACUUCGACGUCGCGCUGGGUGUGUUUGUCCUGGCUGGCGUGACGGAUCUGUUGGAUGGAUUUAUUGCACGAAACUGGGCUAAUCAGAAAUCAGCUUUGGGAAGUGCUCUUGAUCCUCUGGCUGAUAAAAUUCUCAUCAGCGUGCUGUAUGUAAGCCUAACUUGUGCAAAUCUUAUCCCAGUUUCACUUACAUCCAUGAUUAUUCUGAGGGAUGUAGCGCUCAUUGCUGCUGUUUUUUAUGUGCGAUACAAAACUCUGUCUCCACCGAGAACACUCAGUAGGUAUUUUAACCCCUGUUACGCUACUGCCCAGUUAAAACCGACAUUGAUUAGCAAGAUGAAUACAGCGGUUCAGCUAAUUUUGGUGGCAGCUUCUUUAGCAGCUCCUGUCUUCAAUUAUGUGGACAGCAUAUAUCUGCAGACAUUAUGGUGCAUCACAGCUUUCACAACGGUAACAUCUGCAUACAGCUAUUACCACUAUGGCCGAAAAACAGUUCAGGUGAUAAAUAACAAAUGAAGUAUUCCUGAAGGACCGGGGCUUGGCGGCGCAGCGUGCUGUGCUGUCGAAGGUGGCUGUGUUGCAGUUGAGUUUUGGAUCAAGAGCUCUUGUUUUUCAGCUUAAACCAUGGCAUCGCAAUGAAGUGAAGUUUGAACAUGUACUGUGUAUAUAUCUAGAGAGAGACUUUUCAAUGUAUUUUUAAUUUGUUUAAAAAUAAGGUUGUUUACAAAAACAAAUAAAUGAUAUUCUUAAAGACA